AUGGAGAAGCCAGAAGUGAAUGGAGAAGAUGCAGAGAAAAUUAUGACAAUGAUGCACUUAGAAAAAAUGACAGCCUUGGAAUCUGAAGUCCUUGAUUCAUCUACGAAACAGGCCGUGUCCCCGCAGAGCAAGCAGGAGAUCCACCGCCGCUCCGCCCGCCUGCGCAACACCAAGUACAAGUCGGCGCCGGCCGCGGAGAAGAAGGUGUCCACCAAGGGCAAGGGCCGCCGGCACAUCUUCAAGCUGAAGAACCCCAUCAAGGCUCCUGAGUCUGUAUCCACCAUAAUCACAGCAGAAUCUCUCUUUUACAAGGGAGUGUACUAUCAAAUUGGAGACGUUGUUUCAGUGAUGGAUGAGCAGGAUGGAAAAAUGUACUAUGCUCAGAUUAGGGGAUUUAUUCAGGACCAAUACUGUGAAAAGAGUGCUGCAUUGACAUGGCUUAUUCCUACCCAAGCCAGUCCCAAAGACUGUUUUGACCCUGCAUCCUAUAUUAUUGGACCAGAAGAAGACCUUCCAAGAAAAAUGGAGUAUUUAGAAUUCAUCUGUCAUGCACCUUCAGAAUAUUUCAAAUCUCGAUCAUCUCCGUUUCCUACUGUUCCUACUAGACCAGAAAAAGGCUAUAUCUGGACUCAUGUUGGACCUACUCCUGCAAUCUCCAUUAAGGAAACUGUUACCAACAACUUAUAAUUUCCUUUCCUAUCUUUUUUAAGGAUAUGCCAAAACUGAUAUUUACCGAAUUCUCAGUUUUCACCUGUGGACCUUUUACAAGAUGCUCUAAAAAUCUUUUUUUAUAAAGCGUUCAGUUGGCUAUGUGGAUUAAGGAGGCUUAUUUAUUUUAAAUUAUCUAACUUUAGAAAGAGAAGUUUCUUCCAACUGAAUGUUUCUGUUUCCCUCCCCUCUUCCAUUCAAAACCCAGUUCUUCUGUCAUCAUUGCUUGGUUAGAAAAAACAAGAUCUUUAUUUUUCUUUCUACUGAUGACUGACUUCUCACAGUUGCUUGGGACUGUAAAUUUAAUAAUGUUUUCCAGAGUGACUAGCAAUAUCCAUAAAAGCAUGGAACAUCACUACUUACACAACUUUCGAUGUGGAAAGUGUUGGGUAUAUUUUUUAUUCUCACGUGACUUUAAAGACUAAAACUGAUGUUAAUGUCUUUAAAAAAAAUGAAAGUAAUUUCAAAUAAAACUUGAAGGUUUAAACUGGA